AUGCUACGCAUAGUCUCUACAACGGGUGCAUCCACUCCUGUCAAAACUUGUGCCCAACGAGUCGCCCAAGGCGUCACAACCGCCUCGAAUUCCCGCCUACGUCUAGGCAAGUUGUGCCACGCCGUGGACACCAAAAAUUAUACAACGCUAACGGUAUUUACACCAACAGCUUCCGGUUGUCGAUCAUUUACUUCUUCUGCCUCGCGGAGAGCCGCGCCAGACAUCACUUUGACGGUUGAUGGCAAGGAAGUCACGGUUCCCGCAGGCUCUGCUUUGAUCCAGGCUUGCGAGGCUGCGGGCUCGCCUAUUCCACGGUUUUGCUACCAUGAUCGACUGGCAAUUGCUGGUAACUGCAGGAUGUGUCUCGUCGAAGUGGCGCGCUCUCCCAAGCCAGUAGCCUCAUGCGCUAUGCCUGCUAUGCCAGGUGCCGUCGUGUUUACAAAUACCCCUCUCGUCCAUGAAGCCCGGGAGGGCGUGAUGGAGUUUUUACUGGCUAAUCAUCCGUUGGACUGCCCUAUCUGUGACCAAGGAGGAGAAUGUGACUUGCAGGACCAGUCAAUGAGAUAUGGCUCAGACCGCACUCGUUUCCACGAGAUUGCCGGCAAACGAGCAGUAGAAAACAAGGACCUUGGCCCCCUUGUCAAGACGGUCAUGAAUCGCUGCAUCCAAUGCACGCGCUGCGUUCGCUUUGCCAACGAAGUAGCCGGAGUCGAGGAGCUUGGUACCACUGGACGAGGAAAUUACAUGCAGAUUGGCAUGUAUGUGGAGAAGGUCAUGGACUCGGAGCUCUCGGGCAAUAUUGUCGAUCUCUGUCCCGUCGGUGCACUUACUUCGAAGCCCUAUGCGUUCCACGCUCGACCGUGGGAGCUAAAGAACACAGAGUCGGUGGACGUGAUGGAUGCCGUUGGUUCCAAUAUCCGUAUCGACUCGAGAGGGACGACUGUCAUGCGGAUACAGCCAAGAACCAACGACGACGUCAACGAAGAAUGGAUCUCGGACAAGACAAGAUAUUCAUACGAUGGCCUGCGGUUCCAACGACUCGAUACUCCGCUCAUCAAGCAGGGAGAUCGAUUUGUUCCAGCAACCUGGGAGGAAGCCCUCGAAGCAGUCGCUACCGGCUUGAAGUCGAGUGGCGCAAAAGGCGACGAAAUCAAAGCCAUUGCCGGCCAACAUGCUGAUACAGAGUCACUCGUCGCACUCAAAGACCUUGUCAAUCGGUUAGGAUCGGACAACCUUGGACUCGAUUCUGCACGAAAUGGUGCGGCGCCAUUCCAUGGCGUCGAUAUUCGUUCCAAUUACCUGUUCAACUCGACUAUUCCCGGACUUGACGAAGCGGACGUUAUCUUGUCCUGGAUCCACACCGGCCUCGAGGUGGGCUUGAUUGGAGAAAAAGUGGACACGGCGUACGGCUACGAACACCUCGGCGAAGGCGCUCAGGCCGUUCUGGACUUUGUCGCUGGCAAGGGAGAGUUUGCAAAGAAGUUCAAUGGCGCGAAGAAGCCCAUGAUUAUCGUGGGUAGCGCUGUCGCUGAACAUGCCGACGGAGGAGCGACCUUCAAGGCUUUAUCCAAGUUUGUCCAAGCCAACAAAGCGAAGAUGCUUACCCCUGAAUGGAAUGGCUUCAACGUUCUGCAAAGGGCCGCCUCUCAUGCCGCCGCCUAUGACAUCGGUUUCGUUCCAUCUGCCAAAGCUGCAGCCACUCAGCCGAAAUUUGUCUAUUUACUCGGCGCAGAUGAGGUCGAACCUUCAUCACUCCCUCGGGAUGCAUUCGUUGUCUACCAAGGACAUCAUGGUGACCUCGGUGCUCAAUUGGCAGACGUUGUCCUACCCGGAUUCGCGUAUACUGAAAAGGGAAGCACAUGGGUCAACACCGAGGGACGCACUCAGCUCGGUCGCGGCGCAGUUUCGGCCCCUGGAGCAUCCCGAGAGGACUGGAAGAUCAUCAGGGCGAUUUCGGAGUUCGCGGGUAACCCACUUCCGUACGAUGACAUCUUGGCCCUGAGGGACAGAAUGUGGGAAAUUUCGCCUUCUCUCAUCCGCUACGGUGUCACAGAGAGGACGUCUCCCGAGGUUGCACUUGCGGGAUUGGCUCCUCUGGGUACCAAGACGAAGGAUGUUGCUGUCUCAGGGGCGGCGUUCAAGAAGCCGAUUUCCAACUUCUAUCAAACUGACCCCAUUUCGAGAGCUUCUGUCACCAUGGCCCAAUGCACUCGAUCGUUCGUGCAAGGCAAGGACUUUGGCAUGUCAGGUAGUGACAAAGCAUCGCAGGCCAGUUUCGCGUAA